UAUAAUAGUUUAUUGGGUGAGAGAGUGAAUUAACUAGUGAGGGAAAGAAGGAGCGGCGAUUUAACAAAAAAAUAGAUAGGCAAAACUAUGGAGAAUCACUACUAUAGAUCCGUCGUCUUCAUCGCUGUUUUCUUCACCGCCCUUGUAAUGUCGUCGAUCCCAUCGGCAGAGACCAGAGAUCUCAGGCCGACAGAACACGGCCUUGACUUUCAAAGUAACAUUACAGAGGUACCAAAGAUGCAGGCGUUCUUCGAUGGAAAUAAGAACACUACGUCGGCGCCGAAAAUCCCGAUCCCGGAGGCGAAAGAUCCGAGCGAUGAAGAGUGGUGGAGGAAGGUAACGUCUGAAAGCAAGGGACCUAGCGAUAGAAGGAAGGAUCGAGUUAGAAAAGCUUUGAUGGUGGCGACCCUGGUCUGCGGUACCGCCGGCGUUGCGUUGCUUGCGGUGGCGGCGUUUCUGUUCAUUGUUCAGUCUCGCCGGCAGAAAUAUGCAAAACCCACCUCGAAUUGAGAGUUCUCUGGAUUGUUGUGAUUUUCUGUGAAUAGAAUCUGCUUAAUUUUGAGAAAUUCGUCGGGUUUUUUAAUAAUCAAGAUAUUCUUCGACAUUGUUAUGAUGAUGAUGAUAUAGUCUUUAUUGUUGUUGUUAAAGUUUCUUCACCUUUAGUUAUUAUUAUGUGAGGAGUUUAAUGAAGUUAGAUUCAGCAAUAAUAAUUGUUACUAUCUAGUCUAGACCAUGGUAAAGAUGUCAAGUUUAAGGUUUAAUUUAAUGA